AUGGCACUUCGCGGUCUUACGACACUGCACAUGCGUAUGGCCACACAUGCUAAGAAUGCUAAAGUUUUUGCCGAGUACCUAAAGAAACAUCCUGCCGUCGAAAAGGCGUCUGGGUUCAGUGGUAUGGUGACAUUCUAUGAUGCUGUUGAGUCGCUGGCCGAGUCUCCUGCUAUCAUGAUCCACGCAUCAGUCCCGGAAGAGUUGCGUAAGGAUAUCGGCAUCUCUGAUAGCUUCAUUCAUCUUUUUGUCGGAAUCGAGGGCUCUCCCGAUAUUAUUGCUAAUUUAGACCGUGCGUUUAGCUGCUAA